CAACAAACCAGUGAAGAGAGCCUUCACGGCGCGAGGAGAAGAUGGUUCAUAAAGUGCUGGAAGUGGUGGCGACUAAGUUCUUAGGAGCUUUCUGGAAGCCGUUUUCUUCCAUCCAAACACCAGGAAAUAAGAGGAAAUCUCUCGGUCAGAUUGCAGGGGACCGUUGGAGAGACACCGUCACGUGACCCCCGGUACCAAAUGGUCUUCCGGCAGUGGCUCUCAGCAAGGACCGGAGCACAAGAAGACGUCGCCACUUCUCUCAGAAAUGCAGAAGACAACAUACUACGACAACUCCUCGACGCUUUUCGGUGGCUACUCGUCCUACCAGGUGCAGGGGGCGGCAGCGGCGGCAGCAGCAGCCGCCAACGGCUUUGGGGGCUACGAUGCCCCGGUCCCAGUGUCCCACCACCAGCCGGCCUUCCAGUCGGCGACCCAUCUGGAUGUGGAUUCGUACCAGCGCUCUGCUUGCUCUUUACAGUCGUUGGGCAGUAACGGCAGCCACCAGCAGCAGCAGCAGCAGCAGCAGCAGCUAGCCAAAACCAAGGAGCUGAAUGGCAGCUGCAUGAGGCCCAGCUUGCCGCCUGAGCACCACCCAGGCUCCCAAGUUUCCCCACCACUGCCCCCCAACCCCAGCAACGGUAAUACCGGGGCUCAGCAGCCGGGGGGCAGUGCUGGAGCCUCCUCGGUUACUAAAUCAGGCCCCAAUAAGUCGUCUAAUUCCUCCUCCUCUACAUCGUCCUCCACAUCAUCCUCCUCCUCCUCACUGCCCCCCAACCCGACCUUGGCCAAGCACAUCUUUCCAUGGAUGAAAGAGUCUCGGCAGGCGACCAAGCAGAAAAACUGUUCACCCAGCAACAACUCUGGCAACGCGUCAGGAGGAGCUGAGAGCGGGAGCAGCGGGGAGAAGAGUCCCACCGGCGGGUCUUCGGCAUCAUCUAAGCGAGCUCGUACGGCGUACACCAGCGGCCAACUGGUUGAGCUGGAGAAGGAGUUCCACUUCAACCGGUACCUGUGCCGGCCGCGGCGCGUGGAAAUGGCCAACCUGCUCAACCUGUCAGAACGCCAGAUCAAGAUCUGGUUCCAGAACCGACGCAUGAAGUACAAGAAGGACCAGAAGUCCAAGGGCCUGAGUUCCAGUUCUGGAGGGCCGUCACCGACUGGCUCCCCGCCACUGCCGAUGCAGUCCUCCGCAAGCUUCCUCAACUCAAUGCACCCCAUGGUAGGGGGAGUCGGUGGAGGAUCAGGCUACGACGCUCCGUCUCCACCAUCCUUCGGAAAGCCUCACCAGGGAGUGUCUUACUCCAUGUCCACUGCCUACUCCAAUGUUCCUAUGAAGGGCUGCCCCCCCCAGCAGAAGUACGGCGCUCCAGACCCGGACUACGGUGACCCCCAUCCCCACCACAGCCUAGUACAGGCCAACAGUGCCGGGUAUGGAACACCCACCAACAUGCAGGCCAGUCCAGUCUACGUUGGGGGCGGCAGCUAUGUGGAACCCAUGCCUGGCUCCGGGCCCUCCAUGUACGGCCUAAACCACCUCGGCCCCACGCCAACCCAUCACCAAACCAUGGACUACAACGGCGCAGGGCCCAUGUCAGCCGCCAACCAGCACCACGUGGGCGGAGGUGGCCCCCAGGGUCCCUGCGACCCGCCCACACACCCGACGUACACAGAGCUGUCGGCGCACCACACCUCGACUCAGGGCAGAAUCCAGGAAGCACCCAAACUCACUCACCUGUAGCAGAUCCGAGCCAGGCGGGUCUGGAUAGUGGAGGAGCCGGGUCCCGCCGGCUGCG